AGGAGCUAGUAGAAGACUACGAAUACCGACGAAAGUCUCGCCAGCGUCUCAUCAUUGUUGGAAUCUCUAUGCUCUUCCUUAUCAUCAUCAUCUCCGGCGCUGCCAUUGCCGUGAUGGUUCACCGGCAAGGCACCAAUUCCACCACCCAAAACCCCACCACCUCCUCAUCCAGCAGCAUAAAAGCAGUGUGUGAAGCCACAAGGUACCCAAACUCAUGCUUCUCCAGCAUCUCUUCAAAGGAAGGUGCUAAUAAGACCAGUAAUCCAUUAGAAAUCUUCAAGAUCUCUUUGCAAGUGGCCAUGAAUUCAUUAUCCAAUGUGUCUUCUUGGUUAAAUUCAUACAAGUCUCAAACAAAGGAUAAGAAUAUCAUGGCAGCUCUUGAUGAUUGUCAAGAGUUGUUCGCCGAUGCAAUGGAUACACUCAACGAUUCACUAGUGUCUUUGCAAGACUUCGAUGUGGCUAAGUUAUCGUCAUCAUCAUCUUCUUCUUCAUUGUUGAUCAGUGACUUGCAGACAUGGCUCAGUGCUGUUGUCACUUAUCAAGAAACUUGCAUAGAUGGUUUCGAAGGUGAUACAAGGAGAACGGUGGAGGCGGCGAUGGUGAACUCUACGCAGCUCACUAGUAAUAGUUUGGCGAUAGUUGCGAAGGUUUUACGGUUACUUAUUGAAAAUUUUGGAGGUUUUAAUUUGAAUAGGAAGUUGCUGCAAGUUGAUGAGAGGAGAGUUGUUUUCGAAGAGAUGAAGCUGAAGCCUAAUGUUACAGUGGCUAAGGAUGGGAGUGGUGAGUUUAAGAGUAUCACAAAGGCUUUGGAGCUAGUUCCUAAGAAGAAUAUGUUUCCAUUUGUGAUCUAUGUGAAGGAAGGGGUUUAUAGUGAGUAUGUUGAAGUGGAGAAGAGCAUGUGGAAUGUUACCAUUUUGGGUGAUGGCAUGUACAAGACUGUUGUGACAGGGAGCAAAAACAAGGUUGCUGGCUCAACAACCUUCAAAUCAGCCACUUUCAUUGUUUCAGGCCGAAGAUUUACAGCAAUAAACAUGGGGUUCGUAAACACGGCUGGGCCGGACAAACACCAAGCCGUCGCUCUUCGAUCAAGUGCUGAUCAAUCGGUCUUUUACCGAUGUUCAUUUGUCGGAUUCCAAGACACAUUAUACACUCACUCUCUUCGCCAAUACUACCGAGAAUGUGAUAUCGUUGGUACCGUAGAUUUCAUCUUCGGUGAUGCUUCUGUCAUCUUUCAAAACUGUAGGAUCAUGCCAAGACAACCAAUGCAAGGGCAAGCGAACACGAUUACCGCACAAGGACGGAUAGACCCGAAUGAAAACACCGGAAUUGUGAUACAAGCUAGUACGAUAUCGCCAUUCGAUAAUGUGACGGCCGAUACGUAUCUAGGCCGACCAUGGAAGGUUUAUGCAACAACGAUAUUUAUGCGGUCUGUGAUCGGAGAAAUGGUCGACAAACUUGGCUGGUUAGAAUGGGAAGAAUAUGUGGUGCCACCUAAGACAAUAGAUUAUGCAGAGUACCACAACACUGGACCAGGCUCUAGUGUUGCAGGAAGAGUAAACUGGCCAGGUUACAGGCCUUCAAUUACUGGAAAUGAAGCCAAGAAGUUUGGGGUGGAUCCUUUCAUUCAGGGAAGUCAAUGGAUUCCAUCUACUGGGAUUAGUUUUGAUACCAUUUCUUGAUUUUUUUGUGGAUAAUUAAUUAUUAUGGUCCUUA